AUGGCGCCCCCCAACGUCGACAGCAUGUUCACGCUCAAGGUCGACAACGUCCCGUUCCAGAUCGGGAGCGACGAGCUGCGCGACCUCUUUUCCAAGUACGGAGAGAUCGGAGACGUGUACAUUCCGCGCUCUCGCGGCUCCAACGAAUCGCGUGGCUUUGCCUUUGUGCGCUUUAUUGAGAAGCGCGAUGCCGAAGACGCGAUCGACGCCAUGGAAGGGCAAGAGUUCCAGGGCCGGGACCUGCGCGUGCAGUUCGCCAAACAGCGUCGACCUGACAACCCACGGGAGUUCUACUCGCGUGGAAGCGGUGGAGACCGCUACGGCGGCAGUGACCGCUACGGUGGCGGAGGAGAAAGAGGAGGAGGGAGCGAUCGCUAUGGCGAAGACCGCGGCCGCAGCAGCCGCCACGAUGACCGCAGGGAUGACCGCCGCCAUGAAGACCGCAGAGAAGACCGUCAUCGCCGUCGCUCGCGAUCGCGCUCCCCGGACCGCCGUGAUCGCGACCGCGCCAGCGCUGGGCACGACCGGAGCCGCAGCCGCUCUCCUCGUGCGCGCAGUCGUUCGCCGCGGCGCUUGAGCUCCUCGCCCCCUCGUCGUGACUAG